CGGCAGAUCUCCCCGCACUGGUCGCUCCAUGCUGUGACCUGACUCCACCAGCGUCUUUGACGAGAUCCGUCCUACUCGCACUUCUUGAAGCAUGGGUUAAAACCCCGAGACGUCAAGCAGACUCGGAAGGAUUCUGCCAACCAUGUCGUCCCCAUCGCCCUUCAAAAUCGCCGUCCCCGAAGAGAAACUCGCUCUUCUGCACCAAAAAGUUGAACUUGUCACGUGGCCGGACGAGCUGGAAGAUGCUGGGUCGGACUACGGGGCCACUCCCGCUCUCGUCAAACGUCUUGCGAACCGAUGGAGCAGUGGUUACGAUUGGCGCGCUCAGGAAGCUGCUAUUAACGCCGAGCUGCCACAGUUCACGACUAAUUUGGAGGUCGAAGGCCAUGGUAAACUGAACAUUCAUUUCGUUCACAAGAAGAGCGAAGUCGCCCAUGCGAUUCCUCUCCUCUUCGUUCAUGGGUGGCCUGGGAGCUUCCUUGAAGCACGCAAGAUUAUCCCCUUGCUCACCGCGGCUUCGGAGAAGCAUCCAAGCUUCCACGUUGUCGCCGUAAGCCUCCCGGGCUAUGGAUUCUCGGAGGCGCCAACAAAGAGGGGCUUCGGGCUCCCCGAAUACGCUGAGAUCUGUUAUCAGCUCAUGGGAACGCUAGGAUACACGCAGUAUGUGGCACAAGGAGGCGACUGGGGCAUGUCGGUCGCCAGGGUUCUUGCAAGCAAGUAUGGGUCGACCUCCGUGAAGGCAUGGCAUACGAACUUUCCCUUCGGACACCCGGACACGGAGCACCCAAUCGAGUCCUGCACGCCGGAAGAGCAAAAUGCGUGGAGGAAGACAAGCGAGUUUCGAGAGACGGAGAUGGGAUACGUGAUGGUACAGGGCACCAAGCCGCAGACAAUUGCGUACGCGCUGACCGACUCUCCGGUCGGUCUUUUGGCAUGGAUAGCCGAGAAGCUGCUCUCUUGGGGCGAUGAGUACCCGUGGACUGAUGAUGAGAUUCUCACCUGGGUUUCGCUCUAUUGGCUCUCGCGCGCGGGGCCCGCCGCCACCUUCCGCACGUACUACGAAGCGAUGCAGCGGCCCGGGCUGGGGUCGGUAUUCAACCUUGUGGAGAAGGAGCCGACGAUUCCGCUUGGCUUGAGCUUCUUCCCGCGCGAGUUGUCGCGGUUUCCGAGGGCGUGGACGCGCCAGAUGGGCAAUGUCGUCUUCGAAGCCGACCACGACAAGGGCGGACACUUUGCGGCGUAUGAGGUUCCUGAGGCGCUCGCAGACGAUCUGCGACGCAUGUUCGGGAAAGAGGGAGUCGCGUACGGCGUGGUGGACGGGCUGGAUGGAUAUGCGACGAGCGCGACGUGAAAACAAGGGCGGACAAAAUUAGGUAAUGGUGCGUUCGAGCGUGCAAUUGAUCAAAAUGUAUUGUUCGUAUGUAUGUCUGAACUAGGAGGAUUGAAGCAAUGAAGAAUGCACGAGUAGCGUUCUACAC